AUGACUGUACAACUUGAAAAUUAUGAAGUUAGUCUAGAAAAUGUAUCACAUGCCAGUACAUUUUGUCAAUUCAAAGAAUAUUUCCCAUUGAUGAGAUUUGUCUCAGCUUAUAGUUUCUUUCAUCAAAGGGAAUGCAGACUAAAUUGCGAAACAUCGAAACAUGGAUCUCAGUCGAUUGACUUCAGCCAGCUAACAUUACGUACAGACUAUCAAUCUCAACAUAUUCCAUCAAGGUCUAAAAUCAAAUCAGUCAACAUAGCCAUGAUUGAGUUGAUAGGAAAUUCAUUUCAAGCGGAAGCUGUAACCAGAAUAAUUCAAGCUCAGAGUUUUGAGAAUCUAGAUAAAAAGGGUUCAACACUGUCUGACCUUUGA